CACUUUUCCCGCCAAAACUUAAAACCCCUAUUCUGAAGACCCCGCCCUCCCUCGCCGGCCACCAUAACCAAACCUUCCUUUCUCUCUCUCUCUCUCGUUUUUUUUUCUUUCUCGCUUCUCCCAUUUACUAUCUCCGCUGCUAUUGUUACACCAUCAAUGGACAUCAGCGAAGAAGCAUUUGCAGCUCACAAGCGCACAUUCCUGGACUUCUUAGACCACGAUGCGGGUCAUGGAAUCUACAUGGAUACAAUCAGUAAAAUGAUUACGAACAAGCAGCGCCACCGCAUAAUCGUUAACCUCUCCGACCUUCACGACUACAAUUCCGACCUAGCCCGCCGGUUAUUGAAGAAUCCAACCGAGUACAUUCAACCUUUUUGUGAUGCGGUGACGGAAGUUACACGGCGUAUCGAUGCCAAGUUUUUGAAGGAAGGAGAGCAAGUUGUGGUUGGAUUUGAUAGCCCGUUUGUUUCCAGAAGGGUUACUCCUAGAGAUCUUCUGUCACAGUUUAUUGGUUCUAUGGUUUGCGUCGAGGGGAUCGUUACAAAAUGUUCUCUUGUGAGGCCUAAAGUUGUAAAAAGUGUUCAUUUUUGCCCCUCAACUGGCCAUUUCACAUCCAGAGAGUAUCGAGAUAUUACAUCUACAACAGGCCUACCUACUGGUUCUGUCUAUCCCACCCGGGAUGAAAAUGGAAAUCUACUGGUGACUGAAUAUGGAUUGUGUAAAUAUAAAGAUCAUCAGACUUUAUCAAUGCAAGAAGUGCCAGAAAAAUCUGCCCCUGGUCAGCUUCCAAGAACUAUUGAUGUCAUCGUUGAGGAUGACAUGGUUGAUGCAUGCAAACCUGGAGACCGCGUCGCAAUUUGUGGAAUUUACAAAGCUCUGCCUGGAAAAAACAAGGGCAGUGUGAAUGGAGUAUUCAGGACAAUUCUUAUUGCUAAUAACGUGACCCUGCUGAAUAAAGAGGCAAAUGCACCCAUUUAUUCUGCUGAAGAUUUGAAGAACAUUAAGAAGAUAGCUGAUAGACAAGAUAUAUUUGACCUGCUUGGUAAUUCCCUUGCACCAUCUAUUUAUGGACACACGUGGAUCAAGAAGGCAGUAAUAUUACUAAUGCUUGGUGGGACUGAGAAGAACUUGAAGAAUGGGACACACUUGAGAGGGGACAUAAACAUGAUGAUGGUUGGUGAUCCUUCAGUUGCCAAGUCCCAACUGCUAAGAGCAAUCAUGAACAUUGCCCCUUUGGCCAUUUCGACAACUGGUCGGGGCUCUUCAGGUGUUGGUCUGACAGCAGCUGUAACUUCUGACCAGGAAACAGGGGAAAGAAGGCUAGAAGCUGGCGCUAUGGUUCUUGCUGAUCGCGGUGUCAUAUGCAUUGACGAAUUUGACAAGAUGAAUGACUUAGAUCGUGUUGCUAUACAUGAAGUUAUGGAACAGCAGACAGUAACCAUUGCCAAGGCUGGUAUCCAUGCAUCUCUUAAUGCUCGAUGCAGUGUUGUGGCUGCUGCAAAUCCUAUCUAUGGAACUUAUGAUCGAUCAUUAACUCCAACGAAGAACAUUGGAUUGCCAGACUCCUUACUUUCUCGUUUUGAUCUGCUAUUUAUUGUGUUGGACCAAAUGGAUCCUGAGAUAGAUGGUUAUAUUUCUGAGCAUGUCUUGCGUAUGCAUCGUUACCGUUCUCCACAGGAUGGAGGAGAUGGGACACUUGAUGGUUCUCAAUACGGGGGAGAGGAAGAGGCAGAUCCUGAUUCAUCUGUCUUUGUCAAGUUUAACAGAAUGCUGCAUGGAAAGAAGGCUCAGAGGGGUAGGAAGCAAGAGACUUUAACAAUCAAUUUUCUUAAGAAGUAUAUUCACUAUGCAAAGCAUAGAGUCCAGCCAGAGCUGAGUGAUGAGGCAUCUGAAAAUAUUGCAACUGCAUACGCAGAGCUUAGAAAUUCCAACUCAAAUGCGAAGGGUGGGACCGGUGGGUCUGGAACUCUGCCUAUCACUGCAAGAACUCUGGAAACAAUCAUACGACUUUCUACUGCGCAUGCCAAGCUGAAAUUGAGCAGAACGGUUCUAAAAUCUGAUGUUGAAGCUGCUCUUAAAGUUCUAAACUUUGCCAUUUAUCAUAAAGAGUUGACGGAGAUGGAUGAGCGUGAGCAAGGAAGGGAGAGAGAAUUGGAAAGAAAGCGCCAAGCUGAUCAUGAUGCCAACAAUAACGAACGGGCUCAACGUCCUCGUCGCAACAAUAGGUCUGGUCAAGGUGAUGAAGCUGUAACAGAAAGUGAGGCAACAGAAGCUAUGGAAGUUGAUGAGCCACCUGCAGACCAAUCAGCAAUCAACGUUUCUCCUGAGAGAGUGGAAGCAUUUGAUUCAAUUUUGGGUCAGCACAUGCGAGCAAACCACUUGGAUGUGAUAUCCAUUGCAGAUCUUGAUAGGAUAACCAAUGCAGAUGCAACUACGAGUUACUCAAGGGCAGAGAUAAUGUUUCUCUUAGAGAGACUACAAACGGACAACAGACUGAUGAUUGUUGAUGACAUGGUGCACAUGAUGUAGAGCUUCUUGUCAGGAAAACAUCAAUGCUUUCAGUAAAAAAAAUACGGAGAUUACAUCAGUGAAGCAGCAUAUUUCAUGAGAAAAAAGAAUGAGUUUGUAUUAUUUAUGUAAUGAUGACAUGACAAGGCAGUGGAUGUAAACUGAAACUUUGUAGUGGAACCAUGUUGUAUAUCUAUGCUUAUGGAUGCAACUUGGAGUGUCUAGAUGAUAUUUAGAUCUUGUAGUCAAUUGUAUACUGUUUGUGCCUUGUUUAACGCUUAACAAAUUAGGUGUGUUGGACAGAUUUUCUACUGUUA